GAAUCCAGUAUAUUACAAGUCCAGCGUAGUUGUGAAGUUAAAAACAAACAGAUCGCUGUGUCGAAGAGUCGUUUUGAACAUUCGCUCACACUGAACAACGAGAUGUCCUUAAGACAAAUUAAUUCUCCUCCCUCACAAGCAGUUGUGGCGAAUGAAAUUAUUUUCCAGUGGGAAACUCACAGCCACAAAGCCUUCCGUAUUUUUCAAGAGAUGCGUGCGAAGGAAGAAUUAUGCGACGUGUAUAUUUGCUGCGACGGACGGCGUUUUCCUGCGCACCGUGUAGUUUUGGCGGCAACUUGUCCUUUCUUCCGUGAAAAGCUAGCGGCUGAACAUGACGAAAGUGAAUGCGAAGAGUCAUUCGUGGAACUAGAAAUACCAUGGAAUUUUGACAACUUGCUAAUGCUUAAUGCUUUGGAUUUUUUGUAUGAAGGAAAACUGAUUUUGCAACUGGAUCAUAUUAAGGACUUAUUACAGCUGUUGCACUACUUAAAGGUUAUUUGAACGAUAUUUGUUUCAUCUUACUGUCAUUUGUUUUCAGUCCACAUGAGUUUGGUAACCAGCCGCUUACGGUGAUUAUAUUCUUGACCAGGUAGAAACAAAAAAAACAAACAAACAAAGACUGGCAGAUUUUUUGACGUUCGAAUAACACUGUUAUGAUCAGUUAUGAUAACAAUCUGUAACUGUUUCGUAACAAAAGCGUAAAAUUAUGUAUCACACAGUGUUCAGGAAAUUGUUGCGUUUGGAAUCGAAACUUGUUCCCUUUUUAAAUUCAUGUAGUUAUUUGUUCACUUACAUAUUCCUUUACCUAUUCAUGGACUCCUUCAGAUCGAAGAGGCUGUCAUUGCUUGCGAACGAUUUGCUAUCGAUCAUUUGAGAAACCAAAAUUGUGUGGGGUAUCACAAACUAGCGGAGACUCUUGGCCUCGAGCAAUUAAAACUCAAAACAAUGGAAUACAUGGAAUGGAACUUCUUACAAAUCGUGAACGAAGAUGAUUUUGUCAAGCUGUCAGCGCAUCAGAUAACUUCCUUACUCGGAAGUAACAGUCUAAAGGUCAGAAAGGAGGAAAAAGUGUAUGAAGCGGUGUGGAAAUGGUACAAACACGAUCCUGAAAAAAGGUCAGAAGAGGAGCUGAUAAUUAAUUUUAAUGAAUGAUCCAUACAGUUAGAAGCAGAAGCGAGAAAAUGGCUUUAAUAUUUCCAGCGCUGCCUUCCCAAUCAGUCAAGCGGUACAUAGUGUAAGAUGUAGAUUUUUGGUUAUCUUUCAUUAAAUUAUUUUAGUGGCAAAAUUCAUUUGGUUUCUUUUUGUCAGUGUUUGAUUUUAAGUAUUAUUUUUCACUACCUCGUUAGCGUUUGUUUGUAAUUUGUUCUUCAUUAGCGCCUUUUUCGGUUUCUUUAGUUCCCUUAAUUUUUCUCACGCCUUUUUCAGCGCCCUUGUGCAGUUUCAAGUUUUUUCGCUGCUACUUUCUUACAAAACAUGACAUUUAGGCGACAAUUUUUUUAACAAUUUGUUCUCUACGCACAACGCAGUUUUGUUAGUGUACACUCACAGGUUUGGCAGCUAGUUAAAACGUUUUACGGAGCUUCUCUCUUAAAAUGUUUCGUCUUUCGUGGCUGUAACAAUUUUUAUCGACGACCACGUUUAGACUAUCCCCGUCUUCGUUUGUUUAAAUAAAUCUCCAGAUUUCUGGAUAUCCUCGUAGUGUUAUUACUUCGGCCACUUCUCAUUAGCAGUUACACGCAUGUAUGGUAACACAUGAAAAUACUGUUCAGUGGCUUUAAUUAUAAUGAUCACAAACGGGGGGGUACAUUCACAGAUUUAAUAGUUAGAACCACCAUGCACGGCAUGAUGAACAGUACCAAAUUAAAACACAUUCAAGUGGAUACUUGUUUGUAAUCACUGAAAAUGUUUUGUUUCAGUGACCUCAUCUCGCACUUUCAGAUUAAGAGAAAUGACAUCAUUGCCGUUGUCAUAGUGACCGAUUAACAACAGAUGUAGAAAAUCUCUUUCGUUUUUAAAUUUCAAGGAAUAAUUUUUCUCUUCCUCUCCCCCCUUCGUAUUCUUUUUGUAUUCACGCGCGGCGCGCAUGAUUUCGCAAAUUAGCCAAUCACGUCAAAGAAUUCUAACCUUGACAUUGGAAAACUGACCCGGACAUUUUUCGCGUAUUUUUAGUUUGUUUUCAGGGAGUUUUAGUUAAAUGUUUUUGGGCUUUCGUUCGCGUAAAUUUGUUACUCCUUUGUUUGAAAUUUUGAGAAGUUUCGGUGAUUUUAUUUCAGCCAAAUGUUGUGGUUCACUGAACAAGUUUAAAACAUAUUUUUUAGGGACUUUGGAAUCUAGCCUCUUUUUUUCGUGAAUGGUUUUUUUUUUAGACAAAGGGCAGCGAAAUAAUCAAAUCGAUCUCAAUUGGUGACAAUACCUAGAGCUAAUAAUAAACUGGUCAGGCCUGUCUUCAUAUCAUCCUUUAGGAACAAAGAGCUGGACACAGUUUUGAAAACCAUCCGCUUCCGUCAAAUCACCACAAAAUUCCUUCAAACACGGAUACUUCCCGAACUCGUGAAAGGCGAAGGGAAAUGCCGCAAGGACGUGGAAGAUGCUCUGGCUGCUAGGAAGUUGUCACAAGAAAAUAACGAUUCAGGAAAACCUCGAAACUCUCGGAAGAUCGUUUACCUGUUCAGUAUGAAGACAAACCGAGUUGACACCUUUGAUGAGGAGCAACGUGCAUGCGUUCCCUGCCCCAAACUGACGUCAUUUAGCGAUGCAAGUAAAGAAGAUAAUUACCACUGUGCAUUUCUUGUGCAGGGUGAGCUUUAUAUCGUGUCCAGGAGGGCAGUGAACAGAUUCAACCCUGUGACAAAGAAAUGGACUUGGGUUGGCGAUGGUAAGUUUUUCUCUUCUCUUGGUUUUUUCCAUCGGUUCCGAGAACGUUCAACGAUUAGCCGUGUCUGUUGGGUCAUAUUUUUAAGCUAAAGGUGUUUAGAGACGGACUUUAGCACUUUGGGACAUUUUGGUUGGGGGAAGGAUCAAAGUGUUAUUAAAAGGAAAAUUUUGACAAUGAUAAAAUUAAUUUUCUGAGAAAAGUCUCUCCCCUCCCCAGGACUAAUUAUGUCAGCCUAAGAUUUCUAUUUUAAAAAUGGAUGUGAACUAUCACGUGACAGUAUGUUUGCCAUUUAAGGGCGUGCCGUACGGGAGUCAGGAGUGUGUUCUGAUAGAAACAACAUCUACGUGUUUGGUGGGAAGCCAAACGACAUGUCUGCCCACAAAUUUGACGUUUGUCAUGGAGUAUGGAGCUCACUACCUGAAAUGAAUCGACGUAGGAGAUGCACUGGUAAUCUUCUCUUUCUGGUUUCUUUGUUUUUCGUUGUAUUUUUUCUUUCUGUCGUCUUCUUGUCCUGCAUUACGUUCUGGAGAUUCCUUUUUGAGUUGUUGGUGUUGUUGUUGUUUUUCCGGUUUAAAACUAGGCGUCCUUUAAGUACUAAUUGUCACUUCGUAUUUUACUCUGGAUCCCUCUUUCUCAAACGCUGUUCACUCGUCCUUUCUUUUCUAAAACGACAAAUGCCGAUCGAAUAAGUUAUUUUUGACAAUUCUUAUUGGUUUAAGCAAAGAGCGAGAAAAAUUUCCCAGUCUAGAGGUUUUUUCUUAGGUAUAAAUGUUCCAACACGCUUGACCGAUUUUCCUUCACCACAGUGGAGCCCCUCAUUUAAAAAGAUAUGGUAGGCCUUUGAAGUUUUAAAUUUUCUCUCAUAGGUGUGGCUAUUUUGGGUCGAAAGAUUUACGUUAUCGGGGGACUUAAUGACGAUGGACCGCUGAACUCGAUGGAAAGCUUUCACAUGCGAUCUCAAAAAUGGAAAUUGCUACCAGGCCUUCUAGAACCUCGUUUCAGUAUGGGCGUGGUAACCUGGGCAGGAAGUAUCUUUGUCUUCGGUGGACGCAGCGAUCGACAAAGUCUAGGGAGCAUGGAGGUUUAUCACCCUAAGGAAGACAAAUGGGUGUUUGCUCCUGCGCAGUUAAACGACAACAGAAGUGAGUUCGGUCACGUGGUCUACGAAAAUAAGAUAUAUUGCUUUGGUGGGCGUGGAGUAACUUCAAUCGAAUAUUAUGAUUAUUUGAAUGAACAAUGGCGCAUCGUGGGACGAGUAAGCGACAACACUUAUUCAGUGAAUUGUUUGGUGUAUCCUCCACUGAACUAA